CAACAACAGCAACAGCAACAGCAACAGCAACAGCAACAGCACCAGCACCAGCAACGGCAGCAACGGCAGUUGAAUCAUGCAGGUCAUGAAACAGCUCCCCCAAGAUCACCGACGGCUGUUGGUUUCGGAGGGGCUUCUUUGACUGCUAGGCCUAUUAGUUUUCAACAACAGCAGCAACAGUCGUCUCAGCUUGGACGGACGCACCUCAACAACAAUCUUAACAAUAAGUACAGUAGCAACGGCGUAAUCAAUACCUAUAAUCUCACGAACGGAUACAACUCGUCCUCAGGAUCUUCUUCAGCGGCGUUGAUGUCAUCGUACUCGUCCCUGUCCAACAACAGUUCGUCAGUGUCGUCCCUUGGAUCUGUGGCCGCGUUAUUGGAGGAAGAAGAUCGGAUGAUCAUGAAGGAGAUGCAACAGCAUAAAUGGCAGCAGGGCGGGAAUGCAGCGUUGCCCAAGAACGGGAUGUUGAACGUCCCUGGAUCGACUCAGCCGGCACAAUCGCAUCAUGUGGGCAUCCGGACUAUGCUCAGUCGGUUCUCGGCUUCGGCGAAUAAGGAACAUGACAACCACAGCGGCUACAGUAACGGGCAUUUUCAAGAGAAGGAAAAAGAAAGGGAGAAGGAUAGGGAAUCAAGGACGUGCUCGCCCCCAGCUGCAGCGCCGGGAACGCUGACAAAGGCAAGGCAUCAAAUCCCAGUGCCGAUGCAGUACCAGGCGCAGGGGGCUCCGUCACACGCCAGUAUGGGCAUGCGAUCCGUGCAUCCGGUGUCCUCUGUGUCGGCGGCACAGGGCAUUGAGGGCCGUGCGCAUAGUGCACAGAAGAUGGAGUUUGCGCAGGGAUAUGAGCCGCUCCAGUAUCACCACUAUCAACAUCAGCACCACCAACAGCACCAACAACAGCAGCAGCAGCAGCAACAGGCGCCUCAGAUCCAGCAUCGGUCUCAGUAUGGGUUUGGGGACGGGGCUGGGUAUGGCGCGAAUGGUAAUAGCCAUGCAGCGUGGAGGGCGUCAUCGCCUGCGGGAGGGAUGAAUUAUUCGGGGAGCGGAACAGGCUCAAGUUUAAAUUCAGGAGCAGGAGGAGGAUCAGGAGGAGCAGUAGGGACGACUACCAAUGUUGUUAGCUUGCCGGCGCCCUCUUCGUUGAAGCGGGGAGGGAAGGUGAUCCGGAGGAGUAUGGGAGCGGUGUUAGAGAAGGAGCGGUGGGAUUAGGAGAGCAUGCGGCGGUGGGGUUGGUUGUUGUUAGAGAAAAGCAUUGAAUACAGCAAAAUGAAAAUAAUGAAAAUAAUGUGUUAUGAGUUAUUUUACUUUAUGAAAGAUGCGUAAGGAUGUCCAGGAUAGUAAAAUAUGGCUGAUUAUGUUGAAGGCGUUGUUGGAUGGA